CCGCCAUAAUCAUAGACCAAGGUUACCAAAGUAUACUAAUUAAUAGUAAAUAGUUCAUAGCAUAUAUAUAUAUAUAUAUAAGUGUGGUAUCUACAGCGGACAGUCAGUGGUUCGUGGCCAGAAAAUUAUCAUUUUGAAUUUUUAUCAACAGUUAGUAGUUUUUACCGGAGUAGUGAGUACCCGCCUGGCCGUCCGGCGAUACGUCAAGUUUCGAGUCAUUUCAAGGGUCCGUUAACGAGAACAAAAUAUAAGAAUGCCGACUACCCGUUACACUCAUGCGGUGGUGAACCGUUUACCACGGUCGCUAACAGACCGACAACCGACAUUGGACUACGAUCGAGCGAAACGUCAACACGAAAACUACGUUCAAGCCCUGCGAGAUAUUGGUCUCGACGUGAUCGAAAUGCCAGCAGACGAAGAUACACCGUGGUGUGCUUUCGUUGACGACACGGCGUUUGUGUGCAACGGCACUGCGAUCAUCACAAAGCCAGCAGAGCCCGAGAGAGCGAAAGAAGUUGAAGCAAUAAGAGCGGUGUUGAAGAAAGAAAUUGGAUUGCCUAUUGUUGAGGUUUCUGAUAAAUCUGCAAAAUUACACGGAAGCGAUAUAUUAUUUACAGGUCGAGAAUUCUUUAUUGGAAUAACAAAAUGGACUAAUGAAUCCGGAGCAUGUGCAGUUGCAUCUGCUUUUCCUGAAUAUCCUUGUACUCCAAUCAAGGUUACAGAAAACAAACAUCUAAAAACGAUUGUGUCAAUGGCGGGACCAGAUCUUAUGUGCGUGGGGUCAAGUGAUUCUACAAAAAAUGUUUUGAAGAGAUUAGAAAGAGAAGCUACAUAUAGCUACCAAAUUCUUACAUUACCUGAAGAUGAAGCUGCUAAUGUUAUGUACAUUAAUGGUACAUUAUUACAUCGGUCAGCCAAAGAAAUACCAUUAUCAUUCAGUGUUCUAAUGGAGAAAAUAACUGAUUUUACUCUUCAAUCAGUAGACAUUUCAGAACUUUUAAAAUGUGAAGGAGCCAACUUAAAUUCAUGUUGCCUUUUAGUCAGACGUACAAAACAUAUCCGAAGCUUAUAAUUUGUUAUUACUUAUUAUGUUAUGCAAUACAUUCCCCUAAAUCAGUAUUAUAAACAACACUUUUCAUGACCAACAUAUUUAUAUAAGCACACAUAUUCACACACAUUGUGUUCUAAAUUCUAAUACUUAAUAGUUAUUAGUAUGUUUUUACGAUAGUUUGUCUUUAAAAAAAAAAUUAUUGUGAGAAUUUAAUUAAGAUUGAUUUAACAUAGUAUGUUAAUUAAUUAAUUUGUUCCUAAUAAGAAUUUUACAUAAUUGGAUCUGAUAUUAUGGCUACAAUUUAGCAUAGAAUUUUCAUUAAUAUAAAUUUAUUAACUGACAAUAUCAUAUAAUAUUAUUAUAAUUCAUAAGUAAGUAUUUAACUAUUAUUGUGGUUUUUUUUAUAUCCUUUCUAAACAAAUUUUGCCCAUCCUUAUUUAUCAAUUUAUUAAUCGGACAUAUAUUCCUACUUACUAAAGUCAGUGGCGCAGAGUUUAAUUAAAAAGAGAGGGUUCAAUUCUAACCAAGACCCACCCACCCACACAACUAAUCAUUCAAAAAUUUGGGAGAAAUAUUAAAAAGCCACACCACACAACUGUUCUUAUAUAUUGAUUUUUAAACAAAUAUUAUUUUUAUAUUAUUACAUGUAUAUAUUUCAAUACUAGUUGCUUUCCACAAACAUUUUUAUUGCAUGUAUGAAUACAUUAAUACAAAAUAAAUAAUAAUUAACAAUUAA